AUGGCGGGCGAUGCCUCCCCCAAUCCCUCGGGCCCAUAUCGCCAGGCCCCAGAGGCUUCGAUCCCAUCCACAAACGACGAUGGUGAUCCCAGCAGAUUCGGGGCGGAUCGCUCCUCGAGUCCCAGACUUCACCGACAGCCGUCAUCCGAGAUUUUCGCGGAGAGCUUCACCAUCCGUUCCUUGCUGGUGGGGAUCCUCAUCGGCGUUUUGAUCACCUUCUCGAACACCUACUUCGGCCUGCAGACGGGAUGGAUCAGUACAAUGGCCAUGCCUUCGGCCUUGAUCGGCUUCUCGGUCUUCAAGGUCUUCUCGAAGUACCUGGCCUACCCGUUCACCCCCAUCGAAAACGUCCUCAUACAAACCGUUGCGGGCGCGGUCGGCACAAUGCCCCUGGGGUGCGGCUUUGUGGGGGUGGUUCCUGCUCUGGAAUUCCUGAUCAAGGACGGACCCGAUGGGCCAUCGGGGGACGGUGGUACCGGGGAGGGUGGUCCGCUCAGGCUGGGUUUCGGAAAACUGGUGCUCUGGAGUCUCGGAGUGUGCCUGUUUGGCGUGGUCUUUGCCGUCCCCUUGAGGAAGGAAGUCAUUGUGCGGGAGAAGCUGAAGUUCCCCAGUGGUACCGCAUCGGCAUUGAUGCUUAAGGUGCUGCACGGGGGCGGCUGGCGCAGUGAGAAGACAGAGGCCCAGGCUAGUGAAGCUGGUGAGGCACAAAGGUUCCGAGAAGAAUUCGAGGCGCCCUUGUUGGCGCAACAACCGGACAAUGACCACGUGCUCGCCAAAGAUGAUCCGGCCGAUCUGGCAAGAGAUAGGGAAGAUUGGAGAGCCAAGAUGCGUCUCUUGGUGGGUGCGUUUGCCGUGUCCGGCGUAUAUACCCUGUUUUCAUACUUUGUUCCUCAGGUCCGCGACAUCCCCAUCCUUGGGCUCUACCUCGCUCGGAACUGGCUGUGGACCCUCAACCCAUCGCCCGCCUACGUCGGCCAGGGCAUCAUCAUGGGUCCAUCCACGUGCAUGCACAUGCUCUUCGGCGCUGUGUUGGGCUGGGGUAUACUCUCGCCGCUUGCGAAAGCGCGUGGCUGGGCUCCCGGCCCUGUGGACAGCUGGGAAGAUGGAAGCAAGGCGUGGAUUGUUUGGAUCUCGUUGGCUAUCAUGCUUGCAGAUUCCAUCGUCAGUCUCGGCUGGCUGGUGGUACGGCCACUCGUAUCAUACGCUCCCCAAGUGAAAGACAAGGUGCUUUCCAGUCGCAUCGGACGUCGCAUAUUCCCCGAGGCAGCGACAUCCCGCUCGCAUCAGCAUUCGUAUGUCAGCUAUUCUGCCCUGAGCCCUAUCACCGAAGAAUCAUCCUACCAGAGCCGUCUCUUUCCGCCCCCUGAGAGUCGCCCGAAAACCAGUGACGACAACGAGGAAGAUGCGCCGCCCUCGCAGCUUAUCUCUACCCGCACAGUACUUAUACUACUUCCGUUGACGUUGAUCCUGAACGUGGUUUGCAUGCACAUCGUGUUCGGCGACCUGAUGUCGCCCCUCCUAUCCAGCCUCGCCACCUUACUGGCCGUCCUGCUUUCCAUCAUGGGCGUUCGCGCGCUGGGCGAGACCGAUCUGAACCCGGUCUCCGGUAUCAGCAAGCUGACCCAGCUCAUCUUCUCCCUCGCGACCCCGGCCGCGCACUUCUCGCGCCGCACCGCCCUCGUCACCAACCUCCUCGCCGGCGCCGUCUCCGAGUCCGGCGCCCUGCAGGCCGGCGACAUGAUGCAGGACCUCAAGACCGGCCACCUCCUGGGCGCCAGCCCCAAAGCGCAGUUCUACGGCCAGAUGAUCGGCAGCCUGAUCGGCGCCGUGCUCUCCACCGCCGUCUACAAGAUGUACGUGAGCGUCUACGAGGUCCCCGGCCCCAUGUUCCAGACCCCGACCGCCUACGUCUGGAUCUUCACCGCCCGCCUGGUCACCGGCCAGGGCCUCCCCCCGAUGGCCUGGCAGGCCUCCCUGGUCGCCGGCGUGGUCUUCGUGGCCGUGACCAUCCUGCGCCUCGUCGCCGCCUCCCCCAUCGCCAACGCCGGCCACCGCGGCGUCUCCGCCCCCUGGCGCGACUGGAUCCCCGGCGGCAUCGCCGUCGCCGUUGGCAUCUUCAACGUCCCCUCCUUCACCCUCGCGCGCGCCAUCGGAGGCCUGAUCGCCUGGUGGUGGGCCCGUCGCCACGCUGCUGCUGCUUCUUCCGCUUCCACUUCCCCUGACGCGGAUCACCCGACCGCCCCGGAUGCGGCGGAUGGCCAAACUCCGCGCGUGCCGGCAACCCACCGCCCGCGGUCCGCUGAACAAGCCAGCAAGGACGCAGACGCGGCGUCGUCGACCGUCGUCGUGCUGGCAUCGGGCCUGAUCCUCGGGGAAGGCAUCAUCAGCAUCGUGAACCUCCUGCUCGCGAGUGGGAAGGUGCCUCAUCUUUAGAGUAUAUUGUAGAGAUCAGGUAGACUAUAGACAAGAGUCGAGCGCCACCGCUCGGCUUCUGGGUCUAGACACUACCUAGUAUAGACAAAGAGUUUAGCAUUCCUACUUGGACCGUGAAGAGCUCUUUUUGGAAAGAAAAUGAAAAUCAAAUGAAAUGAGAUGGCAUUCCUCUGACUUUUGUCUUUUUCGAGGCUGGGCUCAACAUCACCUACUUCUGCGCUCGGAUUGGACUUGUACACAUUCACAUAAAACAUUACAUACACGUCAACAAACACCCAAGAUUCACAUACAAGGGGGACACACCCUCUCAGGGGAAAAGAAAAGUAGUGUGAUAGAUAAGCUUUAUCCUUCUGCCGUCUUUUGCUCUCCGUGGUGCCUUCC